AUCAGGCAACUCGUGUAGUUUUGAUUCCUGACAGCGGGCGUGGUGCAAAUUUUCCCGAAUUUCCGUGGAAAAACUGUGCAAAAAGUGGCAAAAACACUUGGAGGAGCGACAAGAAUAUGACACAGUUCUUUUGACCCACGACUCUGCUUCAAUUGCACUUAGUCGGCUUCUUCUUCACUUUUUUUUAUUUGGUCUCAUUGCCGCUUCGCUCGUAGUUUCGUCAAAGAGCAGCAGUCUGCCAGAGUGGAGCUUGCGAGAGAGAGAGCAAGAGCGUUGUCUGAUGUGGCCCUGAUUGAAUUCUCCAUCUGCUAGUGCUCCAUUCUGGGACACAGAGUGUGUAUGUGAACUUUGAUGUGCCAAAAAUUGACGUGAAAGUCCAAUUUCCCCGCGUGUCGUCGUGAAGAAAUAGCAGAAGGAAGAGAGCGAGAGAGAGAGAGUGAAGUGAAGAUGUCACUAGAUUCCAUGGGACCCAACAAGGCAGGACGCUCGGGCGUUCCCGGCGGACGGAUGACCCACUCACUCAGCACUCCAUCGGGUGUCGAUGGAACGCCGCCGACCAUCACGCAUCAUCGCGGCGGGAAGAAGCUCGCCAUCCGCGUGCAAAUGCUCGAUGAUUCUGUCACCAUGUUUCAAGUCCAGGCUAAAGCUUUGGGAAAAGUGCUUUUCGAGCAGGUAUGCCGACAACUCAAUCUACUGGAGGCGGACUACUUCGGUCUGGAGUAUCAGGAGCCUGGAUCCCACACGAAACAGUAUUGGUUGGAUUUGGAGAAGCCACUGAAUCGUCAAGUGGGAUUAUCCCUGAUUGAUCCGGUGCUGCGAUUCUGUGUGAAAUUCUACACGCCAGAUCCUGCACAGCUGGAGGAGGAAUACACCAGAUUUCUGUUCUGUUUGCAAGUCAAACGGGACUUGGCCACUGGGAUAUUGCAGUGCAACGACAAUACGGCAGCUCUGAUGGCCAGCUACAUUGUUCAAGCUUCCUGUGGGGAUUAUGUCGUGGAGGACUACCCGGAUCACACCUACUUGUCUUCCUAUCGAUUUGUACCACAUCAGGAUGGGUCAAUGCAGAGGAAAAUCAUGGAGAAUCACAAGAAGCACUUCGGACAAUCACCGGCUGAGGCGGAUCUCAAUUUGCUGGAAACAGCGAGGCGAUGCGAGCUGUAUGGCAUGAAGAUGCACCAGGCGAAAGACAUUGAGGGUGUUCCACUAAAUUUAUCCGUGGCUCACAUGGGCAUUGCCGUUUUCCAAGGCAUCACGCGAAUCAAUACGUUCUCAUGGGCGAAAAUUAGGAAAAUAUCAUUCAAGCGGAAACGUUUCUUAGUCAAAUUGCAUCCGGAGGGUUAUGGCUACUACAAGGAUACCGUGGAGUUCUUCUUCGAGGGGCGAAACGAGUGCAAGAACUUCUGGAAGAAAUGUGUGGAGAAUCACGGAUUUUUUCGUUGCUCAAUGGUGCAAAGUCUACCAAGGCGGAAAGCCAGAGUUCUCUCGCGUGGCAGUUCAUUUCGAUACAGUGGAAAAACCCAGAAGCAAGUUAUUGAAUUUGUUCGAGACAAUUAUGUCAAGCGGCAAACGUUUCAGAGGUCUCAGUCCUUUCGUCAGGGUACUCUCAACUCUGGUAAUAGAAGUCAAUCGCACACUUCUUGCAAUGUGAAUUCCAGCAUUUCAGCUCAUCCCUUGCUACCCAUAGAGACUGCGGAAUGGGAUUUUCGCAAUCAGAGCAGCGCCUUGACGACGCCUUCUCAGAUGAGGAAGGGAGUGGAUUCCUUGGCUCGCCGACAAGACAGUCCUAUCGACCACACGCGAUCUCAAGUCACAGCAGCCCAGGUGGAGACCUAUCAGAUGAAGACUUUUGCGGCGGAAUCUCCACAAGUUCAGGACCACCUGGACUCGAGUCGCUCUGUAUCUCCGGGGGGCACUUGGACUUCACCGCACCACCACUACAACAACAAUAUCCACGCAGCCGAUCGGGCUCGUGCACAUCAAGACGGUCACAGUUCAGACACUUACCACGGAAUCAACGGAAACGUGUCGCUGGAUCGCCGAGGUGAAGUUCCGCAGUUCACUAAUCGCUACGAUUUGUCUCUGGGAUCGGAUAAAUCCUCAUCUUUGUCGCAUUCUGAGAGAGACACUGGCAGUUAUGACAUCAAGCAAGCGGAAAUCCGAGUGAAGAUUGAAGAGGAGAAUGCCAACUAUGUGAAUGCUAACAACAAUUCCCGACACACGAACGGUGGAAGUGGAAGCAAUUCGGCCACGCUGGAGUCUCAAGAUGGUGGGGAGGCGCGCAGGAAGCGCUGGCCCACAGAUAAGGCAUACUUCCUGGCCAAGGAACUCCUGAUGACAGAGCGCACAUACAAGCGCGACCUGGACGUCCUCAAUACGUGGUUCCGUGAGGAAUUGUCGCCGGACGAUGUGGAGGCCAUGCAGCCGCUGUUUCAACUCCUGGAGGCCAUGAUUCAGCACCACGGCGUCUUCCUGCGUGACCUGGAACAUCGGCUGGUGUUGUGGGAGGGCCGCGGAACGCACGAGACUCACAGGAUUGGAGAUGUGAUGCUGAAGAACAUGGUGGUGUUGCCUCUGUAUGAGGAGUACUUGGAGGCGCACCGAGAUGUUCUGCAUCACCUUGUGGACGCAUUUGAUCACGACGAGCGCUUCCAGCAAGUGUACAGGGAGUUUGAGCAGCAGAAGGUGUGCUACGUGCCGGUUGGGUAUCUCCUGCUGAAGCCCUUCCAUCGGCUGCUGCACUAUCAAUUGCUGCUGGAUCGUCUGUUGGACCACUAUGGAGAUGAUCACUUCGACCGGACAGAUUGCCACGGGGCGCUGAUGAUGCUGGGACGCACGACGGACACGGUGAACAGUUUGCUGCCGGACAGUGAGAAUUACGUGCUGCUGUGUGAGCUGCAGAGGGAUUUGCUGGGCUUCGAUCAGCUGGUACAGCCCGGUCGGAAGCUCAUCAGGCAAGGGUGUUUGCUGAAACAUUCCAAGAGAGGACUUCAGCAGAGGAUGUUCUUCCUGUUCUCAGAUGUUCUGCUGUACGCCAGCAAGAGCCAAGUGAACCAGACAUUCAAGAUUUUGGGGCAUGUUCCGCUGCGAUCGCUGCUCACGGAGAAUGCGGAGCACAACGCCUUUGUGAUCUUCGGUGGCCAGCGAGCGAUAACUGUGAGUGCCGGCACGACGGCCGAGAAGACACUCUGGCUGGCUGAACUGGCCAAGGCGUCCACAGAUGCCAAGAUGCGUCCGCAUGUUCAGCUUGCGAUGGGAUCUCUGAAGAACUGCAGCUCUUCCGAGGAGGGAUUGGAGACGUGUGGCCUGAAUGCUGGCGGAGCCGCGGCGCCGGGGAAGACGCCGCCGUCGCGCAGUAACACUUCUCUGCACGUGUGCUGGCAUCGUGGAGCCACGGUGGGUCUUCAGGAUCACCUCGUGGCGGCGAAUAACCAACUGUCGGGUUUCUUGCUGCGCAAAUUCAAAAACAGCUCCGGAUGGCAGAAGCUGUGGGUCGUCUUCACGUCAUUCUGCCUGUACUUCUACAAGAGCUACCAGGACGAAUUCGCGCUGGCCAGUUUGCCGCUCUUGGGCUACACAGUGGGUCCGCCGGGUGUGCAGGAUGCCUUGCAGAAGGACUUCGUCUUCAAGCUGUCGUUCAAGAAUCACGUGUACUUCUUCCGUGCCGAGAGCGAGCACACCUACAACAGGUGGCUGGAGGUCCUGCGGAGCACGACCCAAACGCAGGACUUUAAGAACUUAUCGAAUAAUUGAGAGAUGAGCCGCAGUGGCUGAUAAAUUGUAAUUAGUUUUAUCUUCUGUCCCGGUAGAAAGUCACAUAGAAGAGGAUAAUGAACAAAUGUCCAGAUGGUUGAUACUUUUUAAUAAGAUGAUACAACUUUUAAUGUAUGAUCCUUCCAUAUAUUUUAGCAAAGAAAAAAUGUCUUUUAACAUG